ACGACUCUAAAGAAAAGUGACCGUUUUUAUUAAAGAAAUUACAUAAAGUGACUUUACCAAAAUGCCCCACAUGUCGGACUUAAAAACCUGUCCGAAUCUGAAACCUCACCCAACCACAGAGUCGUCUUCUUCUUCUUCUCCGUGCUCUUCAAUGGCGUCUGAAAAACCAACAAAUCUAAACGUAGUGAUGUUUCCUUUCAUGGCACAAGGGCAUAUAAUCCCAUUUCUUGCCCUUGCACUUCACAUGGAGAAGACCAAAAACAGAGACAAUCUCUUCACCAUAACCCUCGUCAACACCCAGAGGAACAUCUCGAAUCUCCGAUCAUCUCUCCCGCCGGAAUCUUCCAUCGAACUUCUCGAAAUACCCUUCGAAAGCUCCGAUCACGGCCUCCCUCCCGACGCCGAGAAUUUCGAUUCUCUCCCUUACCCUCUCGUGAUCCGCCUUCUCCACGCUUCCGUGUCCCUCAAGGAACCCUUCAGGAACCUUCUGAUGAAUCUUGCGACGGAGAAGGAUUCGGUUUGCGUGAUCGGAGAUUUUUUCAUGGGAUGGGUCGGUAGGGUUUGUAAAGAGCUCGGUGUUUUCACCGUGACGUUCAGCGCUUCGGGAGCUUUCGGGUUAGGGUGUUAUCGAUCGGUCUGGGCUACCUUGCCGCACACGAAAACAGAGGACGACGAGUUUUUCCUGGAAGACUUCCCAGGAGCCGGGAAAAUUCACAGAACCCAGUUGAAUUUCGCUAUGUUAGAAGCCGAUGGGACAGAUGAUUGGUCGGUUUUCCAACAGAACAACAUGUCUGGAUGGGCUGAUUCGGAUGGAUUCAUGUUCAACACAGUUGCAGAGCUUGAACAGACCGGGUUAUCGUAUUUCCGGACAGUAUUAGGGAUUCCCGUCUGGGCGAUCGGCCCGAUUCUGCUCUCCGGCGACAAGAGAGGGAAACUGGCGUUCCAAACGGAGGAUCUGAAGGCAUGGCUCGACUCAAAACCAGAGAAUUCAGUGUUAUACAUCUGCUUUGGUUCAAUGAACACCAUCUCUCAAGCCCAUAUGAUGGAAUUAGCCGCGGCAUUAGAAGCCAGCGAGAAGAAUUUCAUCUGGGUGGUACGGCCACCGACAGGGUUCGACAUCAACGGACCGUUCAACGCGGAAGAAUGGUUACCGAAAGGGUUCGAGGAUCGAAUCAAAAGAUCAAGAAGAGGUCUAGUGGUGGAGAGAUGGGCACCGCAGGUAGAUAUCUUGUCACACAGGGCAACGUCGGCAUUCUUGAGCCACUGCGGAUGGAACUCGACGCUCGAGGCACUGAGCCACGGGGUACCGAUCCUCGGAUGGCCGAUGGCGGGAGAGCAAUGCUUCAAUUCGAAGUUCUUGCGGGAAGAGAUGGGAGUUUGCGUCGAGAUCGCGAGAGGGAAGAAGUGCGAAAUCAAGAGGGAAGAGAUCGUAGCAAAGAUGGGAUUAGUGAUGGAGGAGAGUGAGGUUGGAGAGGGGAUGAGGAAGAAGGCAAAGGAAGCGAAGGAAGUGAUCAAGACAGCUAUGGAGGAGGAUGGUUGCGGUGUUAAAGGGUCUUCUGUGGUUGGCAUUGAUGAGUUUUUUAGUAAAGCGAUGUUGCAUAACAAAUAGAUAAAUCAUUUUACGAAAUAAAAAUAAUAAAUAGAUAUAUAAGGUGGAGACAGGUAAUCGGCAUUUAAUGAUAUACAAAACCGAUAAUGCA